CCUUCCAGUCACUGGGUGCACCACCCUGUUGUUUUCCUUUCCCUCCCUGCGUUGCUCUGUGCGCCACUCCUCCCUCUCAGAUGAGCAGCACCUGCCUGUUGCACAUCGUAUCUAGAAAGCAGGAAGUUCUGCGCUUGGCUUGGGAAUGUGCACUGUUUUGUAUCGACUUUGUUUACUUUUCUAACGUGAUUUAAACAAUGGACGGGGGUCCUUAUUAAGCAUUAUGGCCUUAUCGAAUUGCUGUCUGAAUCAAGGGAACAGGCCAACAGCAUCAUAUGAGGAGGAACCAUGGAGAAUCUGUCACUGGUCGCUCGUAUCCAUUCAUUCAACCAUACUUUGGAACCGGACGAACCUGCAGAGGCGCUGGCAAACAGCACCAUCUCAGACUUCUGGGGUAAUACGGUGAAAAUUCAUCUUGUGGGAAUUCUUUUAGCCAUAACUGGAAACUUCCUAAUUAGUAUAUCAUUGAAUAUACAGAAAUGUACGCAUUUACGCCUGUCGCAACGUGGUAACCCAAAGCCAUAUUACAAGAGCAAAUUGUGGUGGUGUGGAAUUAUUCUGAUGGGAAUUGGUGAACUGGGCAACUUUGCAGCAUAUGGCUUUGCUCCAGCAACACUUGUGGCUCCCUUAGGAUGUGUAGCAGUCAUAGCCAGUGCAGUGAUUUCUGUGGUUUUCCUUAAGGAGGUAAUGCGGCCAUCAGAUGUGCUAGGUGCCACCUUAGCAACAGCUGGGACUUAUCUAUUGGUAACUUUUGCUCCUCGCGUUUCCCAGGAGGUCACAGCAGUGAAAGUACAAAAGUAUUUUGUUAGCUGGCAAUUCCUCAUAUAUCUGAUUUUAGAGAUCAUAAUAUUCUGUGUUCUGCUGUAUCUGUACAAGCGAAAAGGCAUGAAACACAUUGUUGUUCUGCUCAUGAUUGUAGCCCUGCUUGCUUCAAUGACUGUUAUUUCAGUAAAGGCUGUUUCGGGGAUGAUUACUGUUUCGGUAAAGGGUAACAUGCAGCUACAGUAUCCCAUUUUCUACGUCAUGCUCAUUAUAAUGAUAGCAUCUUGUGCCUUUCAAGUCAAGUUCUUAAAUCAAGCUAUGGAGUUAUACAAAGCAACUGAAGUUGUGCCAAUCAACUUUGUAUUCUUUACGGCUAGUGCAGUUAUUGCAGGAGUCAUAUUUUAUCAGGAGUUCCAUGGAGCAUCAUUGCUGAAUAUUUUCAUGUUUCUGUUUGGAUGUUCGCUGUCUUUCCUGGGUGUGUUCCUAAUUGCUAGAAACAGGGAAGAAGAGAAGCCAGAAGCCUCUUAUAUUGACUUUGGUCAGAUUCCUGGUAAGAAGCUGCUGAAUAAAAUACAGCCAGAUCCAGACAACAACUAUGGGACUCUUCAAAAUGAUGAGAAUUCAAGCAAUAAUGGACUUGUGGAGCAUGGCAAAGCUCAGCCUAGCUAGGAAGGCUUAACACAGGCAAACUAGACAAUCUAGAACUGCCACUUUCUCCCCAUAUGUUUUGUAUUGGCCCUUCACCAUGAGUGCAAUUCACAUCAGCCCAAUAUGUAAUUUGAUAUUUAUAGCAAACUGUCCUUCACCAAUCUGAUAAACUGGUAAAUUAUAAGUUGCAGUUUUCUACAGCGACUUGUGAAAUAUAAUAUCCUUCUAAACAGUAGGUGUGCAGUGAAAUGGAAGACACUUAUGUUACCUUAAGAAUGUCAAAAUGGUAGUUUGAAAAGUACUAGUGAGUCUUAAAUUAUCUGCUGUUUUCUUGUGUCUGAUCACUGCAUACUCCAUUCAUUUUAGACUUUUAUCAGCAGUUCAUCUUUCACAGAUUGGUAGCACUGACAAUUUCAUGAGUGCUUCCGUAGUAGAUUACAUUAGAAAGGUGACCACCUCUUUUGAGACUGCACAGACGAGGUCAGUUUAUGUACAAUAAUCUGAUAUUUUACUACUUGUCAUCCUUUAUUGUCUGUAUCUGCCCCACAUGCACAUUGAUGGCAUUUAUUUUGGCUACCUGAUGUGACUUGGUUACUGCAUCAGAAGUGAGGUAUCAUACGCCAGUUGCCUCAACAUCUUCAGUGCCUCUCUCCUUAGGUUUGGUAAAACAGUGUCAAUAGGGUCUAUGUCAGUUUGUCAACAGCCCAUAGAACUGAGCAGCUAAAGAUAGACCUGAAAAUAUUGAAAUUCACAGCACAAUAAGCAGUGAAGUGAACGAGAAAUCUAUUAUGUAAGAUUGCAGAAGAGUGGAGCUUGGGGAAUUGGCCCUUUCCCCACUGCAGCAUGAUCUUGAUGUAGCUUUAUAUGAUAGCUGGAGUGAGGGAUGUAGACACUUUGCCGCCCCCCCCCCCCAAAAAAAAAAAAAAACUGUUCUGCUUGUCUUUUGUUAUUUUGAUGUUGUGCAUGUCAGUAUUUUCAGCUUGAUUUUUAGCCAGUUGAUGUUUUGUGCUUUUGAUGAUAGGAACUAGAUCUAUGACAGUACUGUUAAAAAUGUUUGUGGUAGUGACCGAGUGGAAGGGCAAGGGCCAGCUGAGAGCCUUCAGGGAUUAAUCUGAUUUGACACUGCUGUGGCUGCUGACUUUACAAGGUGUCUGAGACUUAAAGCACAGUAUGGGCUGUCAGUCUAAAGAACAGGCUGUUGCUAUGCUGUAGCACAUGUAUGCCCCUUUGGGAAAGAGCAUUACUAUAAUACAAGUACUACGUAAAAGUAUUGUAAUAAAAGAAAACCUAUAUUCAUGAUAGACAACUGCUGAGUCUUGUGGAACCAGAAACAUGAGAAAGAAUAAUGAUUGAAGCACAAUGAUUUCAAACUUCAUCUCUUUUGUCCCUUAUUAUAAGAAGGUUGAGCAGUAAUGCCAGGACUGCUAUCUUCUCAUUACUGUAAAUGGAGUGCUGAGUACAAAUUAAGACAUUAUGUAUGGCAUUACUGCCAUGCCUGCAAACAGAAUGCAACACUCACCUUGCUGGUGUUCCAGAAAGACGGGACAGUUUUAUAAAUGUAAAUACUUUCUGACAGAGUGAUUAAUCUGAGAGUAGCUUUGAGAAUGCCAAAUUAUACACACGUUUGUCAAGGUUAGUCAUUUGCAUUAUGAAGUAAUCUGUAUAUAGUUGUGUGUGUGUGUCUGUCUGUCUACACACACAUUAAGAAAUGCAUAUUCCAACAACCUAUGAAGAUGAAUAAGUUUUCAUACAUGUACACAAGGCUCAGGUUGCUCUAGUAUUUCCCUUGAUGCAUAUGUGUUAAAAAGAUGUCUUAUUUUUUUUCAUGGGACAAACCAUUGAGAGGUUGUUCGUAGUCGAAUGACUCUCUUGUUGAGUUCUGUUUCAUUGAGCACUGUCUCAGGUAAUAGGAGUACAGUUCUCUGCAUAGGAAUCCAGAGUCCUUUGUGUAGAGUAACUUUUUCCCUAACUCAGAGUUUAUAUAUAUAUAUAUAUAUAUAUAUAUAUAUAUAUAUAUAUAUAUAUAUGUAUGUAUAUAUAUAUAUAUAUAUAUAUGUAUAUAUACAUACAUACAUACAAUGCGAGUGCAAUUUCUGUUUAUUGUGCUUUACUAUCUGUCAUGUAUUUUCUAACAAGUCAGGAUGGGGUGUCUUGACGUUGACUUUUUGACAGACUGGUUCUACCAAGUUCAAUGUACUCACAGUGUUAUCUCUCGAAAUAAAAGCCGACAUACGUAAAAUGAUGCAUGUCUUGCCAUACUACAUACCUUAUAGUAUGUAUGCAUGGAAACGUGGGCUGCUCGUACUUGGAUUUCACUGUUUACAUUUUUCUUGUGUAUGAAAUAGUAUAAUUACUUGAAAAAUAAUCUUAAAUGACCAAAAAUAUGCAAAACAUGUUUUUGUGUUAUUUCUUCAUCAUACAUUGGCCACUGACUUGGGCAUUUGCAAUGACCUUCUUAUUUCAUCUGUUUUUCUCUACAACUUGAAAAGCAGGGAGAUGCACAAAAAAUGUCAGAAGGGGGAAAAACAUCUGUCAUAGAUGCCUCCAUGAGUGUAAAACAUGAUGCUGUUGGUUGUGGAACAUAAUUUUUGCUGAGUGAUCUUUUUCAAUCAGUAUCACUCCUCAGCUUAGGCUGGGGUUAAUAGUGCAGUGUAUCACUAGUCACUUUUCUGGCUGACCAGACAAUAAGCAGUUUAAAUAUUUUUAAACAUAUUUGUGGGAUGGCUAGGCUUCUUAGCUCACUGUAAUGUACCUAGCAAUGACAGAACAAUAUUUGUUGUAUUGCAGCAUCAGUAGUGUGAAUUUCAACCCAUUGAAAAUUCCUGUGUGACAUACUGUAGGCAUUUUGACUUGAGUGUAAACUUCCAGGAUGGGAUGGAAUGUCAAUAAGAUCAUUUCAGAUCCUGUUGCACCUGCUUUGUGAUUUUGUUCCACAGUUUUCUGCAUUGUUUGCUUAUUUUGUGCCAUUUCAUUAUCUUUUUGGAUGGGACUGUAUGCCAUUUUAAGAGGAAAACCAUGAAUAUUGAAAAGAACUUGAGAGACUGUUAAAAGUCAUGUCACAAUCAGUAUGUCAUUGCUGCAUUUAUAGUGCUUGUUUUACACAGUUUAGCUGCUCCAUUUGUUUUCAGGUAUUCAUGGAUUUUGACAUGCUUUAUUUAUGUAAUAGUGUUUUUACACUGAGUAAUUUAAGUGAUAGCUUUUCAGAAUACAACAUGUGAUAGUGAAAGUACCUAAAUAUUACCUGCUGAAAAUAGUUACUUGCGUUGACAUCAGCAGCCAUAAAUAGAUAUGCUUGCUUCCACUUUUUAUCAUGCUUGUCAUAUCCACUGUGAAGGUAAAGCACCGCAAAGAUGUGGCAAACCUAGUUAAAAGGGAUCCUCGUGGAACUGUGUGUGCUUAUCAAAAUUUUAUCUGCUUGUACACCAAAAUAUGGAUACUGUAUCCUGUUCUCACUGGGUUACAAAACAAGUUUUAAAAACAUUUGUGAUGAAGUUGUGUUAAGUUAGCAGACAGCAAAUUAUGUCCAAUGUACACAUAUUAACGUGUCUACGGUAUCUGGAAACCAGUUAUACUGUGCAUCGUGGUCAAACUACAACUCUGGGAUUUUAUUGAUUAUUUCUACAUUUUGUGAAAUGAAGGUUUAAGUCCUGGAUAAACAUUUUAGAUAAACAUUUCAUUAAUACACUGCUGCACGUAAAACCUGAGGAAAAAAUAACUCCUUUUUCGUGUAAUGUAAUAUGCGGUUUACAGGGUGCUUCUAAUGUAUUGCUUUAUGUUAUAAAUUAUGUUUUGUUUUGUCCUCCAGUUAUAGCGACAGAUGUCAAAAGCCCAGAAUAAAACUGCUCAGUUAAUCCCUGCAGCCAACUCCUUCACAAAGAAUGUUGCUUUUAAAUGUAUUGCAUUUUGCAACCAUGGUUAUUGUUUAUGUACUGUGGCUGCUUAUAUAGUAAUUAAAUUAUAUCUUAAGCCAGAAUUUGUCUUUUUUGUUUCAAUAAUAAAAUCAAAACAUGAUUAUGUUA